CAGCCUGUGUCUGGAGUCAACACUGAUCAGGGUGAAGGUGAUGCCUGUAUUCCAGUUGUACAAAAUGAGUGUGACGUGGUCAGCCAGACCUGGAGCUCAGCCUCACAGAGAGUCCAGCCUGCUGCUCUGAUGCCGAGAGGGAGGCAGAAAGUGCCACAUUUGGAUGCCCCCCUGGGCCUGCCCACCUGCCUCUGGCUGGCAUUAGCCGGGCUCUUCAUACUGGUUCCCUGGGUCAUGGGCCUGGCAGAGACCAGUGGGCCUGUCACCCAGAGCUCAGGGGGGCUGAGCUGGGCCGUGCAUCUACACAGCCCAGAAGGCGAGUGGGAAGAAGAGAAUCUGGCACGGCAGGCAAAUGCCGUGGCCCAGGCAGCAGGGCUGGUGAAUGCUGGGCGCAUCGGAGAGCUCCAGGGCCACUUCCUCUUCGUCCAGCCGGCCGGGCACAGAGAGGCUGCCGAGGCGGAGGCCAUGCGGCAGCAGGCAGAAGCUGUGCUGGCUGAGCAUGCAGCUGUGCGCUGGCAUUCCGAGCAGAGACUGCUGAAACGGGCCAAGCGCAGCAUCCACUUCAAUGACCCCAAGUUCCCUCAGCAGUGGCACCUGAAUAACCGUCGGAGCCCUGGCAGGGACAUCAACGUGACAGGUGUGUGGGAGCGCAACGUCACGGGGCGAGGGGUGACUGUGGUGGUCGUGGAUGAUGGAGUGGAGCACACCAUCCAGGACAUUGCACCCAACUACUGCCCAGAGGGUAGCUAUGACCUCAACUCUAAUGACCCGGACCCCAUGCCCCACCCGGACACGGAGAACGGCAACCACCAUGGCACGCGGUGUGCGGGAGAAAUCGCUGCUGUGCCCAACAACAGCUUCUGCGCGGUGGGCGUGGCCUACGGGAGCCGCAUAGCAGGGAUCCGGGUGCUGGAUGGCCCUCUCACAGACAGCAUGGAGGCUGUGGCCUUCAACAAGCACUAUCAGAUCAACGACAUCUACAGCUGCAGCUGGGGCCCAGAUGAUGAUGGGAAGACAGUGGAUGGCCCGCACCAGCUCGGAAAGGCCGCCCUGCAGCAUGGGGUGAUGGCUGGUCGCCAGGGGUUCGGGAGCAUCUUUGUGGUGGCCAGCGGGAAUGGAGGCCAGCACAAUGACAACUGCAAUUAUGACGGCUACGCCAACUCCAUCUACACCGUCACCAUAGGUGCUGUGGACGAGGAGGGACGGAUGCCUUUCUACGCAGAGGAGUGUGCCUCCAUGCUGGCUGUCACCUUCAGUGGUGGGGACAAGAUGCUCCGAAGCAUUGUGACCACCGACUGGGACCUUCAGAAAGGCACCGGCUGUACCGAGGGCCACACGGGGACCUCAGCGGCCGCUCCCCUGGCAGCCGGCAUGAUCGCCCUCAUGCUGCAGGUGCGGCCCUGCCUCACGUGGCGGGACGUCCAGCACAUCAUCGUCUUCACAGCCACCCAGUAUGAGGAUCGGCGGGCAGAUUGGCUCACCAACGAGGCGGGCUUCAGCCACAGCCACCAGCAUGGCUUUGGCCUGCUCAACGCUUGGAGACUCGUCAAUGCAGCCAAGAUAUGGACAUCUGUCCCUUACUUAGCUUCCUACGUCAGCCCCGUAUUGAAAGAGAACAAGGCUAUUCCGCAGUCCCCCCGCUCGCUGGAGGUCCUGUGGAAUGUCAGCAGGAUGGACCUGGACAUGUCGGGGCUGAAGACACUGGAGCACGUGGCCGUGACCGUCUCCAUCAGCCACCCACGGCGCGGAAGCUUGGAAUUGACGCUGUUCUGCCCCAGUGGCAUGAUGUCCCUCAUCGGUGCCCCCCGCAGCAUGGACUCGGAUCCGAAUGGCUUCAACGACUGGACCUUCUCCACUGUGCGCUGCUGGGGGGAGAGAGCACGAGGCAUCUACAGACUUGUAGUGAGAGAUGUGGGAGAUGAGCCACUCCAAGUGGGCGUCCUGCAGCGGUGGCAGCUGACCCUGUAUGGCUCCGUGUGGAGCCCCAUAGACAUCAGGGACAGGCAGAGGCUGUUAGAAGGUGCUAUGAGUGGAAAAUACCUACAUGACGGCUUCGCUCUGCCCUGCCCACCUGGGCUGAAAAUCCCUGAGGAAGAUGGUUACGUCCUCACUCCUAACACCCUCAAGAUGCUGGUGCUGGUGGGCUGCUUCACCGUCUUCUGGACUGUUUACUACAUGCUGGAACUGUACCUGAGCCAGAGGAAUAUGGCUUCCAGCCCUGGUUGUAGGAGCGGCCCCUGCCACUGGCCCCCACAGAGCCGGAGACCCAGGGAGGAGGGGACAGAGCUAGAGUCGGUGCCACUUUGCAACAGCAAGGCUGCAGACAGCACGGAGAUGGAGAAUGGGGGCCCUUCCAGGACCUCCGAGCGCCGCACGCCAGACCUGCUUCAUGAAGGGGACUGGAGCCUCGCCCAGAACAAGAGGGCCCUGGACGGGCCUCAUCAGCACCCACCCCCAGACCUGCUGCAGGGAAAGGAGGAUCAGAUCUGCUGACCCCAGGGCCUGACGGACUCCGGGAGGGACAGGUCUGCCUCCCUCCCACCCAUGGCGAGCUCCAGGGGGAAGUUCUGCUUCCUUCCGGAACGGAGGCCUUCACAGCAUCCUCUGGCCACCCACAGUGAGGGCUGUCUUAAUGACAAGUGGCAUGGACUGCCGCCAGAGCCCCAGGGCCGCCUCCAGCCAAUCAGAAGCUUUGGUGAGGCAGCGUCGAUGAGGGCUUGGCACCCACACUCAGCAGGCUUCCAUCCCGUUCUCUCGGGUGAGGCCAGUGACCCAGGUCACGGGGACCCUGACCCACGUGUAGACUGAGCAGGUCCUGCACGGCCAGGGGAGCACGCAACAGGAAGCGUGGACCCCAGUGGGUCAACUGGGACGAAGGCACCAGGGAGAGGCUGGGGCGAGGCCCUGGCGGGCCGGUCCUGCAAGCCGCUGCCUCCAAUAUUCUCUCCUGCGCUCCUGGUUCAAAGCCAGCCUUGAACUCUGCCAUCGCCCCUGCCCUUCCUCCUGAACCAUGAGUCUGUGCCAGGCUCCUGGCGCCGCUU